AUGUUUGAGAUCCGUAUUGGUGUAAUUGGCUAUGUCUCUGUGGGCAAGACAACAGUCAUCAAUGCCCUCUUUGGAGAGGAGUUUGGCGAAGUUGCAAUGAAGCGAACAACAGCCGUGGUCAAUUCGUUCCGCAUCAGCUCUCCUGAGGAUGCAAUGGCAACCAUGAAGGUGGAAGACCAGGAUUCUUCAGAUGAAUCUGUGACAUUGGUGUCCAAAAAGCUGUCAGCCAGUGUGACUUUGAAAGAGACUUCAACAGACAACGCUUCCUUUCGAAACAGCAAUGACGUGAAGGAGAAGACUUUUGACAUUGAGCUGGAAGAAUCACUCCACAAGAUGCGACCAGAUACGAAGCUGGUCAUUGUUGAUGUUCCUGGGAUCAACGAGGCUGGGACCAGCUCCAAGUACAAGGACUUUGUCAAUUCGAACUGGCACACCUUUGACAUUGUGGUGUUGGUGAUGGAUGCACGUCAGGGUGUGAACACAGAGGAGCAGCUUGAUCUCCUAAAGCUCGUAAAAGAUAACCUGACAUCAAGUAAAGAUGUCCCCGUUAUUAUUCUUGCUAACAAGGUUGAUGAUCCAUUUGACAGGGAGCAGAAGGCUCUACUUGACGAAGCCCGGGAGGCUAUUGCCAACCUCUUUGGUGUGGGUGAUCGAGAGAGGGCUUUGCAGUUGUUGCUGAACCCACUCGAAACCAAGAAGGGCCAGGCAAAAAGACUCAAACAAGACCAGACUGAUUUAUUUCCAGUUGUCAUCCCCAUCUCUGCAAUGCAUGCUUUCGUCUACCGAUGUGGCUCUCGACUCUCAUUUGAUGAGUUCAUCAAAAUGGACAAGGAUUUCAUCGAAAAAAUUGGCAAGCACAGCUAUGGAUGGCAAUGGCAUCAAUUUGGGGAGGAAGGACAACUGCAGAAGGCAUUCAAGGCUGUCAGUGAAACUGACCUACGCAAAGGGGGGAUGAUAGCCAGUAACUUCGAGGCAUUUGUGAAGGUCCUUCAAUGCUGCAUUGGUGACAAACAGCAGCAGACUCUCCAUAUUGAACAUCAGGUUAAGGUGGCACUCGAGAGAAUGAAACAAGCUUCACCCGGUUCUGAUUUAGGAACUGAAUUGAUUACAGCAUACACAAAGCUGGAGGCCAUAGGAAGGCCAGUCAGUCAUCUUCCAAAAGCCUUCUGGGCAUCUUUUGACCGUUUAAAGAACGAGGCUUUCAAUGACUUCAAAACCAACAAUUCCCCAGCAUCAUUUACCCAACCGAUUGGCCAGCUCUGCAAUUACCACAGAGCGUUGCAGGCCCUUCAGUGGCCAAACGAGAUGGAGAAGGUUGCCAAGAAUGCCAAAGCGCUUGCUGUGGAGUGUGCUGUGUUGGUGAUUGAGUCUGACAAAUUCAGCCAGCUGUCUGAAAGUGACCAAUCCUUGAUUGUUGGAUCAAUGCUUCUGAGCUCCAGCGAGACAGCGUUCAAUUUACACUUUGGCUUUCUCAGGCUCUAUCUUGAGUCCAAGAGACCCUAUGCCAGUGGCAGAGUUUGUACCCAUAGGCCUUCUGGCAGAGAGUGUUAUUUUCAGCAGUGCAACGGAAGGCUAUCAACAUGCCCUAGCAGCUACGGCAAUGGUGUUGAGCUUUGCGGAUCCUGCAGCCGUUAUUGGAUCAUGAUUGAUUUCAAACAUGCCAAUGAAAACUGCCCCUAUUGCUUGAUCAGGGGCAGCGGGAACUGGCCACUUUCUGCUGCUAAAAAAGAUGGCGUUGGGCUCCACUCUGUGAGAUGUAACAGUGGCUGCACCAGGACCUUCGUGUUUUUUCCCCCUACCUUUCGUGAUGUAAAGAUGAAGGCUGAAGGAGGCCAGCUUGUCCCUGUGGAUGAGAAUGUCUACAAAAAGGCUGUGACGGUUGAUGUGCCUGACUCGCCAGAAGACCCCAAUCAUUUUGGUCAUGUCCUGUGGAAGUGCUGCCAGCUCCUGCAGAAAGCCGAGGCCUAG